AUGAGCAACCAGGUUCAAGUUGAUCUUCGAGUUGGCCUAUUAGAUGUGUCGUUGGCUCAACUAAUAACCAAAGAUCACCAAUUGAUCGAAUUUCCUACACUGCUUUUACCUAGCGAUGUGAAAGCUGGAUCAAUUGUGCGUCUGACCUGCGAGCGCGAUAUCCAGGGCGAAGAGGAUGACGCUGUGUCGUUUGAGAAAACACAAAAUAAUAUGCUGGACGCAUUCACUGUAAACGCGCCCAAAGUUCCUGUUCUUAGAGUGAAGAAUACCACGCAAACAUCAGCGGUUCUUGAAUGGGACCCUAUCGACGUGGCCUCGGCCACCUUGCAUUCGCUGGCUCUUUACAAAAACGGCCAGCGACUAGGAACUAUUCCUAAUCCCGAAAAACGCACUUCAACGAAACUGUCAAAUCUCGCCAUUGAUAAUGAAUAUAACUUCCAUCUGGUUCUAGCCACCUCAGCAGGCGUCUACGAAUCAGAAAUGGUGAGGGUCCAGACGCAUAAAAUGACCGAUUUGUCUGGACUUACUAUUUGUGUGGGUGAUAUCAGUGGCUCAAGCAUCACAAGGGAAGAUUUAGAGGAGAGCGUUACCAAAAUGGGCUGCAAGCCCCUUCAAGAUUUGGUGAAGCUUGACACGACUCAUUUCGUGGCUACGUCCGAAGCUGGACUUCAGUACCAACGUGCUAAAGAUAUGAGUAUUCCGAUUGUUCGACCUGAAUGGUUAAGAGCGUGUGAGACAGAGCGCCGGCUAGUUGGCGUUCGGGCGUACUACCUGUCUGCUGAUCCCCGUACGCUUCCGCCAGCUAUUCGUCGCAGCCGCACGGCUACAGUUUCUAGCUCCCGAGGCGAUCCAAUGUCCGCGGCGGAUAGUGGUGAUCAGUCUCCGAAGGGCACAGAGCGUACGAAGCCAGUUUCUGAUUCUGCAGAAACAGCAUCACACCACACGGAAAGGUCUGAGGCGGUUCCCAAGCCAGAGACCGUACAACCAGAAGCGGAGCCUGCUGAGCCUGCUGAGCCUGCUGAGACUAAACCUGCUAAGACUAAGACUGCUGAGACUGUUGAGACUGCUGAGACUGCUGAGACUGCUGAGACUGCUGAGACUGCUGAGACUGCUGAGCCUGCUGAGCCUGCUGAAACCGCCGAGCCUGCUGAGAUUGCCCCUGGUGAGACCAGUGAGCCUGGUGAGACCGCUGAGACCGCUGAGCCUUCUGAGACUGUGGAAACUUCUGAACCUUCAGAGCACACUGAAACAGCUGAGCACGCGGAGACCGCCGAGCCUGCACAGCCCACAGAGACUUCUGAACCUUCAGAACACGCCGAGCCUGCUGAGACCAUGGAAACUUCUGAACCUUCGGAGCACGCAGAGCCUGCAGAGCCCACCGAGCCCACUGAAACUGUAGAGCCCACCGACACUUCUGAAACUUCAAAGCACGCAGAGACUACCGAGCCUACCACUGAAACCAAAGAACACAGUUCCGACGCAGAACCAGAACUAACAGAACCAGCAUCAGAACUGGCUCCCGAAACACAGCCCGAAACGCAGUCAGAAACAGAGCUUGAAGCCAAGGAAGAACCAACAGUUGGGCUCGAGGCUGAAAAGCCCACGUUAGAAGACACUAACGAUUCAGAGCAAGUCGAACCUGAGCCAGAGUCAAAUGAGUUAUCGGAACAAGAACUGGUUACAGACAAACCAGAUAUUCCUGAAAUCCAAGUCAACUCAACGUCAAUCGAACCCGAACAUACCCCUGAGCCUUCAAGCGUACCCACGCCAACCUCGACGACAAAGUCAAAGAAGAACAAAAAGAAAAACAAACACAAAUGA